CCGGCGCUGCAGCACCGCGGCUCCGCGGCCAGCGCGCACCCCCGCCCGCCUCCUCCCGAAGAGGGACGCAGGCCGGGAGGGGAAAGGGGGAGGAGGCGGUGGCGACGGCGGCGGCGGCGGCGGCGGCGGCAGGAGCGCGCUUCUCCCGGAUCUGCCAAGCCAGGGGGCAAGGACGCUGCUGCUCCGCGUCGUUCUCGCCCCGCGCCGCCUCGCCGUCUCUUCUCGCUAUGUCCCAGAGCAGGCAUCGCAUGGCGGCGGCCCCGCCGCCGGAGCGCGAAGACGGCGAGACGUUCAGUUCGGGCAAGAUGAUUACAGCUAAGCCAGGGAAAACCCCGAUUCAAGUCUUACACGAAUAUGGCAUGAAGACCAAGAACAUCCCGGUUUAUGAGUGCGAACGGUCCGAUGUGCAGAUACACGUGCCCACAUUCACCUUCAGAGUCACCGUGGGUGACAUAACUUGCACAGGUGAAGGUACAAGUAAGAAGUUAGCGAAACAUAGAGCUGCAGAGGCUGCCAUAAACAUUUUGAAAGCCAGUGCAAGUAUUUGUUUUGCAGCUCCUGAUCCCUUAAUGCCUGACCCUUCCAAGCAACCCAAGAACCAGCUUAAUCCUAUUGGGUCAUUACAGGAAUUGGCUAUUCAUCAUGGUUGGAGGCUUCCUGAAUAUACACUUUCCCAGGAGGGAGGACCUGCUCAUAAGAGGGAAUAUACCACAAUUUGCAGGCUAGAGUCAUAUAUGGAAACUGGAAAGGGGGCGUCGAAAAAGCAAGCCAAGAGGAAUGCUGCUGAGAAAUUCCUUGCUAAAUUCAGUACUAUUUCUCCAGAGAAUCACUUUCCUUUAACAAAUGUAGUUGGACAUUCUUUAGGAUGUACUUGGCAUUCCUUGAGGAAUUCUCCUGGUGAAAAGAUCAACUUACUGAAAAGAAGUCUCCUCAGUAUUCCAAAUACAGAUUACAUCCAGCUUCUUAGUGAAAUCGCCAAGGAACAAGGUUUUAACAUCACAUAUUUGGAUAUAGAAGAACUGAGUGCCAACGGACAGUAUCAGUGUCUCGCUGAACUAUCCACCAGUCCCAUCACAGUCUGUCAUGGCUCGGGGAUCUCCUGUGGCAAUGCACAGAGUGAUGCAGCUCACAAUGCUUUGCAAUAUUUAAAGAUAAUAGCAGAGAGAAAGUAAUUGGGGAGCGACAUGGAAAACCUGUCAGUAGCCUGUAGCAAGCUCCCCUUUUGGCUCUUCUCCAGAAAAACACUACAUGUUUCCAUCUGUAUAUUGUUGCUAAGUCUCUUUGUAGAGUUCAUCCACACACCACAUUGGAAUUAUCGCAUAGUGGUUGUUAAGCUUUUAAUUUAUAUAAAAAAAAAUGGCUCAACUUUGUACUGGUAUACUGUAUUUAUAAACUUUGUACCACAGAGUGUAGCAGCCAUUCUACAAUGCCAUGUACAUAGAAGAAAGAAACUGCAUGUUCAGUGUUGAUGAUGAAGA